CCAGGACCUGGCCAGGACCUGGCCAUGACCUGGCCAUGACCUGGCCUAGAGCCUGCCUGACAGCUGUCAUCUCAUUGUUUACUGUAUGUAGAAGGACCCCUCUCUCUAUUUAUAAACAGGGUCGGUAUUAAAGCCACGAGCGAUACCAGGACCUUUCAACCCUGGCCAUGAGCCGAACCCGGAAUUCUUCCUCCUCUUCAGUGUCCGGCUCCGCCUCCGGCUCCUCAUGGGGAUCGAAUCCGGCCGAAGCCCCUCUGCCGUGGAACUGGAGUAGUUCGCUCCGGCCUGCUGUCAACGGUCCGCCCGUCCCUCCGCUCAGCCCAGCCGCCAUCCAGCGUUUGUUUUCUCGCUAUUUGGCCAACCCGGCCAGCGUCCAUCCUCCGGAAGAAACUCAGCGAAUCAUCCGUAUUUUGGAAAAAAUUCCGGAUAUGUUGGACGCUCACACAUUGACUUCGGACCAAAUCUUGUCCCAUUGCGUCAAAUUGAUGGCCGCCAACCAUGAGACAGUGAAACGCUUGGCGUGCCAACUUCUUAUUCGCAUUGCCCAAGAACAGUCUGAGGUAGCGCUUUUAGCCGCCAAUGUGCUCCAUCUCGAUCGUCAAGACCCCAAUCCCAAUGUCCGGGCAGUGGCCGUGGCCACGCUUUGCUCCAUUCCCGGCUUGGCCGAAGCCCAUGCCGUUCCAGCUAUCCAAGCCGCUUGGCAAGAUUCGAAUCCCCGCGUCCGCCAAGCCGGUAUUACAGGCUGUGGCAAGGUUUGGUUGCAUUCGCCGGAUGUUGUGGAAGAUCACGGACUAGUUGAUGCCCUCUAUCAACGCAUUAAAGAUCCGGAUCCCACCGUACUUACUUUCACCAUGCAGACCUUGAACUACAUCUUAGCUCAAGAAGGGGGGAUCGUGAUCAACGGCCAUAUGACGCAAUAUCUGCUUCAACGGUUGCCUGAUUUCCCGGAUGUAGAAUUGCUCUUUGUGCUAGAGUACUUAUCCGACUUCGUCAGUGCCAAUCCUGCCGUCAACUCGGCCAUUAAACUCCAAAUGGUGAACCAAUUGGACCCUUAUUUUGAGAGCUCCAAUGGCCCAGUGUUCUUGGCAGCGGGCGUGUUGUUUUAUCGCACUGCUUUAGACUUGUUAGCCCGUGAUCGAGCUAUGGUGGGCGAAUCCCGGCUUUUAUCCGAUUUCUUGAUACGAAUCCGACCGCUUAUCUCUAAAUUCCUGAAGCCCAGCUCUCAGCCCGCGAUCCAAGAUUUUCAAGUGCAAUUACUAGACUUUGUUUUGUCUUGGGAUCGCAAGCUCUCCGCACAAGCGUCUUGUCUUUGGCUGGAAUUUCGUAUCAAGGAUACCAAAGACUUAGCAGCCUUAAAAGGUCAAAAAAUUCGUGCCAUGGCCCAUGUGGUUUCGGCAGAGUCAGAGGUGGAAAUGGUCCAAUACCUCUUGUCUCUGCUCAAGAGCCAAAAGCUACAAACUGAAGUUCUUACCUCUGCUCUGUUGGACAUUUGUGAGCGCUCAAGCGAUCCAGAGGUUGUGUCUGCGAUAGUGACUCGUGAAUUUCAGUCCUUGGCGCAAACGGAUGAGGGCACUGUAUUGGUCUUAUUGAGACAAUUGCGAGCCAUGGAUCGGGUGCUGCACGUCGGUGCUAAUCCGGAUUUCUUGCGCCUUCUCUUCGCUGAUAUACACACCCGUCGAAUCGAGUUGAAUGACUUUCAAGUACUGGCCAACAUAUUGUGGGCCUUGGGAACAUAUGGGCAACAAAUUUCAGAGGCGCCCUACAUACUGGAAUACCUGACGGACGAGAAAUUCGAUUUGAUUGAAAAGUGGGAAUUGAAACAGUCGCUUUUAUAUAAUGGCUUUCGAUGUUUCCUCUUCCACCCUGCUGUGAUCCAACCCGUGUUAGGUCGUAUCGGCGAAUUAUGUUCGGUGUCGAGAAAAGUUAACCAUCGCAUUAACUUGUAUUUCAAGCUCUUAUCCCGGCCUGACGUUUUAGAACGUCAGAGACGGUGCCUGACCUCUUGAGACGAAAUAAAUUCACAAUAAGACUC